AUGGAAAUCUCGGAUUACAAGGAUAAGGCUGAACACCUCUCUCAUUUCUUCCGGUCUGUCGUGACAAGUGAACCUGAUUAUUUCUCCCCCAUUUGUGAAGACGAAGAAACGCCUACCCUCGAAGCCGUAUUCUUCACCGAAGCAAUUCUUCGGAAUGAGUUUCUCAAUCUGAAAAAAUCGACCUCCCCAGGCCCUGAUGCAAUCCCCACCAAGCUGCUGAGGGAGCCAGCUCCCGAAAUGUCCAAGCCGUUAGCCUUGAUCUACCAAACGUCAUUUCUUACUGGAUGCCUGCCCUCUGAUUGGAAGUCCGCUACCAUCACUCCGCUUUUUAAGGGUGGAAGUCGUGCGUCUGCGAAUAACUACAGGCCAGUGAGUCUUACCUCCAUCUGUUGCAAAAUCAUGGAGAAGAUCAUUAAGAAGGCCUUGAUUCAGUUCCUGGAGUAG